CUGUAAACUCAACACAGAUCACCCAUCUUGCUUACAGACGGGAACACAAAACCAAGUUGUUUGUUUGAGCACGGCAAUAUGUUCAAUGUCAGAAAGAGCAUGAGCGGCCGGAACUACAGCCCUGGGGUGCUGAUCGGAAACUGGAACGAGGAUGUCUACCUUGAAGAGGAACUACUGAAAGACUUCUUACAUAAAAGAGAAAGGGGGGAACUUCUCAUCCAGAAAUCACAAAGACUUAAAGAAAAUCUUUACAAGAAGGAGCAGCUCUCCAUUUCAAAAGAUGGAUUUGUUCACUUUGGAGACACCGUUCUCCUUGUGAAUCCGGAUGACAACAGCAUAUCAUCAACGGAGAAAGACCCUACGGCACGUGGGGAUCUCUCCUUAGCCGUGAAUCCCGAAGAGGAAGAAGUACAUAGAUCUCAAAAACUGGUGGCUCCCUGUGGAGUGAGUGCGAUCAGAAGCGUGAUGCCAAUUGGGCGCAAUACGUUUAAGAUUUUAAGCAUCGAAGGAGAAGAAAUGGGAGAUCCUGUUCGAUUUGGGCAGAACUUUGGCCUUGGAGCAAUGGGAGGGUUUCCAGAUCAAAUGCUAUAUCUAAUGAGCGACCACAAGACGUUUAUGAAUAUGACGAAGAAAUCCCACACCCAGUCUGCGUUCAUGACAGAUGAACUAACGUACCUGGCUUCUUGGCAAGCUAUCUUUUUGGAUCCACAGUUUCGCCUGGAAUACGAAGGGUUCCCAGUUCCUGCAAACACCAAGAUGCUCAUUGUCCACAGCUAUACAAACCAAGGUUUGGCGAUUCAUAGAGACUUUUAUAUAAGGACAAACUUUGGAAAGGAGUAUGAAGUCAACUGUCACACCUAUCUGGACACCCACAAAGCCGAAAAAGACAUGAAUCACUGGGUAAUCGUGACUGGAAAUCCUAGCAGUAAUGCAACCACCAUGUUUGACCGACCGAAACCGCCAUCGGAGGAGACAAGAAUACAAAAUGCUGAAUUCCAGGAAGCAACAUAACUUUGGUUUAAAACAAAUUAUUUUGUUAUAAUAGUAAAAAAUAAACAACUAGAACCAGA